UUAUAUAAAAUUUAUUAAUAAUUAAUGUUGUAUUACCAAUGAUAAUAUAUCUAUUUUUCUAUUGGUUGAAUUAUAGUUAAAUAAAUAAUUAAUGAUGUUUUUGUUUAAAAAAAAUAAGAAAUUAAUAAUUUUCUUAUUCUACGUGCAUAGCUGUAAAACGACUUAUAUUAAAAAAACGGAGGGAAUAUUAAAGAUAAUAUUGUGAUCAAAAUCAUUUUAUCAUGGAGUAACCGAAAGAAACUUCAGACUAAAACAAACAUGCUUAAUUAUAAAUCCAUUUUAAAUUCAGUUGUCGAAUUCAUGAAUAGAAACGCGCAAGGUUCAUGAUAAAUUUAAUCAAAACCUUAAUUAUUAAUUAACCUCUUAACUACAAUUAAUAAGCAAGGAUAUCCCCCUCUUGAUCCUUCCCGCCACCUUUCUCUCCACAAAAGUAUAACUAAUUACGUUAAUUCAGUUUUUAAACAGUUCAUUACACACUCGUUUAAGAUUAUACACUUAUAUAAGAGAUCAUUGUUAAAUCUUAAAAAUCACAAUAUUCCCUAUAUUUUUAAAAAGUUAUACAUAAAGAAUCGAAGAUGGCUUCAAGUUGCUGUGGAGAUUACGUUGCUGCUUCGCCGGAGAUGGCGGUGACGGGAAGCGAAUCAAUCUUGUUGAGGCUUCUGUGCGUCGUCUUCAUCGUUCUUUUCUACGGUUCGAUUUUUCUUCUCUGCUUCGUGAUGUACCCCAAGGAUCAAAAAUCAGAAAUCGGCGAUGAGGAAUCCGGCGAGCCGUUGCCGGCGGCGGUGAGGCUCACGAAGAAAGGAGAGAAAUGCGGCGGUGACGGCGACGGGAUCAGAGCGGAUGUAUGCGUCAUCUGUUUGGAGGAUUUCGAAGUGAACGAUGUCGUUAGGAUUCUGGUGGGAUGCAAGCACGUGUUUCACGUGGAGUGUAUAGACUCGUGGUGUUUCUACAAGUUGACGUGUCCGGUUUGUAGAAAACCGUUCCAGUGGUUUGGUGAUUGGUAAGGGUGAAGAGAUAAGUUUAGGGUUUAAAUGUUCGGUACCAUCCGGUUUAAUCCCAUUUUGGAAAUUCGUACGUUUGUGGGAUUAAGAAAUCCAAGGGGGUCCUCUUUUUUUUUGGAUCCGAUCCUUUGUGAUGUAUGUGUACAAAAAGUUGAUUAUAUUAGUGAAUAAUACGGAUUAUGGUUUGAUUUUGGUUUAGUACAAAAACGAUUAGCACCAAUUAAAAACUAGAAGGAGAAUCGUUUUUUAAACCAUAAAAGUGGCAAAGAUUUCCACAACUGAGUUUUGAAGAAACAAACAUCAAUGCAAACUGAAUUCUCCUCGCUUGGAUGUUGUUCUGCGCUUUACCAUUGUAAUUUGUUGGCAGCUUUUCUUAUUAAAAUAUUGAUUUGUCAUUUUAUGUAUGAGUUUCUUGGUUUGAUGAUUUUAAAUUCAAAUUAAAUUCCAAUGAAAUUAAUUGUUUGAGACUUCUAUUUAUAGUUAAAAUUAUUGUUGUCUCCUUAUAUUUAAAUAGCAAACACAUGAACGAAUAUGUAUAUACAUGGUAUCGCAUGAUGAACAAUUGUUGGUGUAUCAUGGUAUGUACAUUCAAAAAGUAGGCUUCUUAAAAUAAUGAUAACUAGGAUUCUUCAUUCAAAAUGUGUCAGUAUAGUCAUCUAUGCAAUGAAAGAAACUAGAUUCGUCAUUCGUAGACUAUCCACCGGAAGAGGUUAUUCUUUAUUUCUGCGUCUGAUUUGCAGAUUAGAAUUGAUUUGUUUUUUGUUGGUCGUUACAAUUAAAGAGAUCUAAUUUCGAUGUCAAUUGUCUUUUGUCUUUUCUAACAUGUUUAAGAUUGUGUUCAAGUUGUUUUAAGAUUAAAUUCUUGUCAAUAUAGAUAACACUUCAAUCAUACUGAAGCAGAUUUUUCUUCCAGUAAAGAUAUACAUUCUUGAGCCAGUUAUACUUAAUACCAUAUCCAUCAGAAUCGGAAUGAUGAUGGAGUGAGUAGUAACAUGCAGAAACGUUGGUUUGGUCUAAUUGUGUCCAGACGGAUAAUAUAUUUUUAAUUUCGUGCCGAAAUUCUGCUAAAGACCACUUUUAAUUUAGAGUUGAAAGCAGUAUCUUAUAAUUCAACGGAUCGACAUCUAUAUAGGAAACACCCGAGUUGAAUUGGGCUGGUGGUUGAAUUCAAGGAAGCUAAAUUAUAAGCAGCAUACUGCUUAGCUAGGCCUAGAAAUUUCCAGUCCAUCAAAAAGGAAAAAGAAAAACUCAUACUACUAAGAGCAUGUACAUCAAUGAACCCCCCCUUGGGGUUCAUCUUUUCAAUUUUUUAUUAUUAAACUUUUUCUCUUUUUCUUUUUGAUUUUUUUUAAAAAAAAAAAAAAAAAAAAAAAACUAGACCAAUCGCGGGCCGCCACGACACGUGGGGCCCGCGCUACAGUGAUGAACUUUAGGAGAGAGGGGUUCAGCCCAAAGAGCUUUAGGAGAGAGGAGUUCAUGUGAUUUACUUAUUUUAUUAUUAUUUUUUCUUGAUUUCUGUGUGAACUUUUCCUAUAAACUCUCAAUGCACAUGCUCUAAGAUACAAUACUUAUCUAGAGGAGUUUAAAACUUAUAUUUGAAUUAACCACAGUGUUUGGCGACCAAGGUCAAUCGAUUUUAUUUUGUGUAUUCCAAGAGUACAAAACAUAUAUUUGAUAAGAAACCCCCAAAAUUCACAUUACUAAAAUAAAAAGAACAUUUGACAAAACAAUAAACUGAUAGGCCUCGUACAUCAAAUGGGGAUUGUAUGCUUGCUUUAUGGUCUCUUUUUUUCUUAUUAUUGAUUAAAAUAAUGAGAUUGAACUUGAAGCCAACCCAAAACAAGAAAAGUAACGAAACAUCCAAGCAUCAAGCAACUUGGGACUACUGCAAAACGUGAUGAUCACAACGACUCUCAGUCUGUCACGGUGUUUUGUGGAUUAAGGCUUUCUGCGAUUCAAGGCCACAAAGUUUAAGGACCUUCAGUAUUUGAUUGGGUCUUUUUUGCAUGACUUAUUUUCUAGAUUAUGUCUACUUUGUUUCUUUUAUGCUUUAGAUAUAUUUUACGUAACAAUUAUUUUCAUAACAUGUUUAUAUCACAAUAACGAAGAAAGGUUGAAAACUCCUCCUAACCUAACUUGCCUCCUCAUUAUUUCAAUUUCGGCGUUGACUUGUGCAAACAAAACCACCAAAGUACAUGUGAACCCGUACGGAUAAAGGACAUCAUCUGAAGAGUCACGGGACUGUUCUUCGCUGACAUCAUGAACCACUUUGACACUCACUCCCUCAAUUUGUUUGACUUCGUCUUCAUAUUUAUUUACUUAUCCUUCUUUACUACCUCCCUUACUUCUAGAUGAAAUAUCAUUUUGAAGCUCCAACAUCAUGAAAAUAUAGCGUCUUUAUAUAUAGUAGCUAUGUUUUGUUAAGUCUAAUGGGACUAUUUAUGUUUUGAAGUUUUGACUGUCUAGUGACCUAAAAAGGUUUUUUUUACAUGGUAAUUUGAGUCAUAGUAAAUGUAGUUGGCGGUAGUUGGAUCUAAUAAAAUGGUGAAUAGUAGUAUCAUCUAAUCAUGGGAGCUAGAAUAUACAAAUCUGAAAAAGUCAGACAAUAUUAUCUGGAAAUAGAGUAACAUUUUGAAUUAAUAAAAAGCGUUUAAAAAAUUUUAUUGUCUUUUUUUUGGAACACAAUUAAAAAAUUAUUGUCAUCACAUGAAAAUAUAGCGUCGCACGAGUCAAUUUUUUCUUUAAUGAUAAAAUUAAUCUUUUAACAUGACUACAUUUAAAAGUUGGCAAAACGAGUACUUAAUUAACUAGGGAUGUUGACAAGUGAUAGGUAGAUGUUUUUGCAAUUUUCAUACAAAUGGGUAGAUGUACAAAUUAGUGGAUAAAAUUAACUACAAAUCCGGUCAAUUGACUGGUUUUCACUUUUGAGAUAGAUGCGCUAUGUUUUUUAGAAGAAGAUUUUGAGAGUGUAAGCUCGGUUCACAAGAAUAGAAACGUAUGUGUGUAUUCUUUUUGGAUUAAAACUUGGUUUAAUCAUAUGAAAAUUGACAAAAAUAAAAUAAUUUGCCGAAGCAAUGCGAUAUCCGUAUGUACCUAUGUAGGAAUAUAUAGCGGCAAUAUAUAUAUAAUAAGCUGAUUAUCUCAACACAUGCGAUUUUUUUCAUUUUUUCUUUUGACUUUCAAAAAAACAAUGCGAUUUUUUUUUCAUUUUCGCAGAUUUUAGGUCUUAUGUAAUUAAAAGAAACUGUAUUAAAGUUUUUUUGGAAAAAUGGCUUAAAUUGUAUUGAAGUUAUUACUAGAAAUGAAAAGAAGAUAUGCGAUGAAGAAGGUUGAAAAACCUUCUUUUUUUUUGGACAACUAGAAGGUUGGACAACUAAAAGUCAACAGCCCCUUUUUAGCUUUAUUUAUCAUAUUAGAUGCAUGAGAGCGGAUUUAUAACGUAGUAUACAUUAUAUAAAGAUAUAUAUUAUCACAUAAAAUGUUAACACUUGCUAGGUUUAUUGAUAAAGCAACACUUGCUAAGUUACAAAGGUUUAAUGCAGAUUAAAAAGCCACAUGAUAAUUUAACAAUGUUCUGAUUUUCUAUUCUAUGAUAUUAUUGGCAUAAGCUUAUUUCAAUUGUAAUCUAAGUUUAUUGAUCAUGUAUUUAUAAUAUGGUUUGUUAUCUAAAGCAUCAUAGUAAUAAGUUUGCACGAGAACUUUGUGGUGGGAGGCUUAUUGGAUUGGAUGUUUGAGAAGAUUUCAUUUUCUUUUCAAAUAUCUCCUUACUGAUUUUGACAUUUGUACGAUUUUUGUUAUCUCAUAUUAUUGGAAUAACUAUUUUUAAAAAUUCCAUAAAAUCUCAGUUUAUUGGAUCAAUCAAUUUAACAAAUUUAUUUAAAUUCCAGCUUAUUGGAAAUUAGGGAUUUUAUCAAUGGUAUCUAUCAAAUAAUAUUUGAAGGGAUUUGAGAGGUAAUUGAUAGUUAAAGUUAGUGAACAGAAAUACCAUCUCUUAUGAUUUAUUUGAUAGUUUUUAUAAAGUUAAUUUUUAUGUUUUAGUUUUAAUCUUAAAAAUGAAAAAAAGUUAAAAUAAAGAAUUAAAAAUAUAUUAAAAAUCAAUAUUAUUAACAAUUUUUUUGUUUUAAGAAAACUAAUAUCAUCUUCUCAUUUCAAUAGAAAAAAAAGUUUGAUUUAAAAAAAUUAGUAAAUAUUAUUAACCUUUUAAAUACUUUUUUUAAAUCUCAAAAAUCUCAAAAUAUUCACCAAAAUGCUUAAAAUCAUACCAAAAUUACCACCAAAAUCCUCAAAAUCCAUUUAGUUUUCACUUUUCACCAGAGUAUAUAAUGCUAUUUUUAUUUGAACCAGAAAACAAAAGUGCAAAAGUCUUACU